UCCUAAAAUCCUGAUGAUCUAAGGGAAACGAUCCUUCCUUUCUGUUAUCUGGAAAAACAUGAGCCAUGUGCAUGUCCAUUAACCAAACUACCCCUCCCUAUCCCUUGCAGCCCUCAGCAUUUCAUCUGUGCCCAACCCGACCAGCUCAUUCUACUUGCCUUGCCUCUCUCUCUUUCCUUGCAAUGCAAGUGCCACUUUAAUAUCAGAGUUCUCCAAGAAACUUCUAAAGUUCUAUUCUUUUUCUUUAUAUAUAUAUAUAUGUCCAAAAAACAUUCUUCAAACUCAGAAGUCUUGGAAACCCAUCUUCACCAGUGCUUUCUUUCUUUUUUGGUUUUUCUUUGCUUCUGUUUGUGGAGUUUAUAUACAGAUAAAAAAGGAAAGUGAGAAUGGGUAUGGGAACAAGCAAUUUUGUGAUCAGAUGGAUCAACUUUCUUACAAUGCUUUUAGCUAUAGCUGUUGUAAUUUUUGGGGUAUGGAUGAGCACUCAUCAUGAUGGGUGUAGAAAAUCCCUUACGCUCCCAGUCUUAGGCCUCGGUGCCUUCAUUUUUAUAAUAUCCAUAAUCGGGUUCUUGGGAGCAGUGAAGAAGAACACCAUACUAUUGUGGAUUUAUUUGAUUAUGUUAUGCAUCAUUCUGGUGGCGAUCCUGGUAUUCACGGUGUUGGCGUUCAUUAUAACAAAUAAUGGAUCUGGUCACAAUGUAUCUGGCUUGAGAUACAAGGAGUAUCAACUUAAAGACUAUAGUUCAUGGUUUCUAAAGCAGCUGAACAAUACCGAUAAUUGGAAACGCUUGAAGAGUUGUCUUGUGAAAUCACAGGACUGCAACAACCUAGCAAAGCAGUACAAGACUCUUAAGCAGUAUAAAAUGGCAAAACUGACGCCUAUUGAAGCUGGUUGCUGCCGACCUCCAUCCGAAUGUGGUUAUCCUGUUGUCAAUGCUUCACACUACGACUUGAGCUUUCAUCCAAUUAGUUCCAAUAAUGACUGCAAGCUUUACAAAAAUUCUCGGGCUGUGAAGUGCUACAAUUGUGACUCUUGCAAGGCUGGAGUUGCACAAUACAUGAAAACUGAGUGGAGAGUUGUUGCAAUCUUUAAUUUGGCACUAUUUGUUGUCUUGUCGAUUAUAUACUUUGUGGGAUGCUGUGCAAGACGAAACGCUGCUCAGAGCCAGUCUAAAGUUUGAAAAGGGUUUGACCAUGUUCAGUUCCUUUCUUUGGUUGAUGGAGGAAUGAAGAAGCCUGAUUUGAUGGGGUUGGAGGUUUACAGCUUAGGCUUAUAUACAAGCCUAAGGUUGAAUCAUGUGAAAAUGUUUGUUCUGACACAAUGGUAAAAAUUCAUGCAAGGGGUAAAAAAACUACUGGUAAUUUAUCAGGUUUCACAAUUAAUUUAAUGAUUCCGGAUUGAACCCAAUUUGUUGGGAUUUAAA